AUGUCGAGGCGGAGCGCAGCGAGCUCCAAGCGGAAAGGGAGGUUUUUCAAUAUGGCAAGGAGAACACUGGGGCUCGCGUGUUUACUCGUGACGGUCUGCUUGUGGACGACGUCGAAUUUCUUAGCAAGCUACAUUUUUUCAGAUCACACCUACGAUAAACCCUUCUUCGUCGUGUACAUAAACACCUCCAUGUUUGCCCUAUCCAUGAUUCCCAUCUCCCUCCAACACCUACACAAAAACGGCAGCCUCAGCCAAGUGAAGUGCAUAGCGCUGCAAGCAUGGCGAGAACGGUCGUUGGCGCCAUUGGAUGGAGCCGCAGAGCGUAUCAAGAUGCAGAGCCAUCCGGAAGAUGAGGAUACGACGGCGGGCGAGCGCUUACUCAUGGGCUCCGAUGAUGAUGACGACGAAGAGGCAGCUACCCUGGAAGCGCUGGAAGGCAUCAAUCCACGCCGUGUUGACAAGCUGACCCUCCGUGAAACGGCCUGGCUGAGCCUCGAGUUCUGCAUGCUCUGGUUCUUCGCCAACUAUUUCGCAUCCGCGUGUCUCGAGUACACGAGCGUGGGCUCCGUAACGAUCCUCACGUCCACGAGCAGCGUGUGGACGCUCGUCUUCUGCGCCGUCAUGAAGGUCGAGGGGUUCUCGGUGCGCAAGCUGGUUGGAGUUCUCGCAUCGCUCGCGGGGAUUGUGCUUAUUAGCACUGUGGAUUUGUCCGGUGAGGAUAAUGAUGAGAACAGGGGCAAUUUCCCGCACAAGAGCCAGCAGCAGAUCGCGAUUGGGGAUGCGAUGGCGUUGUUUAGUGCCGUGGUUUAUGGGCUGUACAUCACGGUCAUGAAACAGCGCGUAGGCAAUGAGGAGAGAGUUAGCAUGCCUCUGUUCUUUGGGCUUGUGGGAGUGUUUAAUGUAAUCUUUUUGUGGCCUGUUUUCUUUAUAUUGCAUUUUAGUGGAAUCGAACCUUUCGCCAUGCCUCCCACCGGCCAAGUCUGGGCUAUUAUCCUGCUCAACUCGAUAUCCUCCUUCAUCAGCGAUAUGUCAUGGGCCUACGCCAUGCUGCUUACCACGCCCCUCAUCGUGACCGUCGGGCUGUCUCUUACCAUCCCGCUUUCCCUCGUUGGCGAGAUGAUUCAGUAUCAGCAAUUCUCUAGUUUCUUGUACUGGGUUGGGGCAGGCAUUGUGCUACUGUCAUUCUUAUUUAUCAAUCACGAAAGCCAGGAACAGGUAGAUGAAGGCAAGACGGUCCUUGAUACCAGUUCGAGGCCGUUGAAUGCAUAG